AUGUUCGGGGAAGAUACCUCUUCUGACAGUCUCUCCGCUACCUUGUCUCCAGUGGAGGACGCCCAAACCUCCGUGAGCUCAAGUCAGAUGUCAAAGCUUAGAGACCUUGUUGCCCCGGAGGAUGGCCCAGUCAUCGCGGUCGAUCUCGAUGAUGUAUUGAGUCAAACCAACGAAGUUGUAAGCCAAUGGCACAAUGAAGCGUUUGGGAGUAAAGUAACUCUGGAUAACUUCUACUACUACUACUACUGGAAGAAUCCCUACUGGGGCACACCACUAGAAACCCAUACCAAAGUUCGCGAUUUCUACACAACCGGUCGAAUAUUCGAUGCCAUCCCUGUGCCUGGUGCAAAGGAAGGCGUCAUGGCCCUCAGGAACAUGGGAUACCGCCUCGUGGUCGUCACGGCGCGAGGCAACGACUGGCAUACCUCGUCAUGGGCUUGGGUCGAGAAGCACUUCCCUGGCCUUUUCCACAGCCUGAUAUGUACAGGUCAAUUCGCCAACUCUGGCCCUAAGCAAGCGAAUGGGUCGGUGUUUACCGCGACGAAGCUUAGCAAAGCGGAUGUCUGCAUCGACCUCGGCGCGAAGGUGCUCAUCGACGACUCGAUCGAAAACGCGUUGUCAUGUGCAAGGCAUAAGCCGAUGCAGGAAUCGUCACAGAACACGCUGGGUCCUCCGACUGUCCUGUUGUUUGGCGCGUAUCAGUGGAAUUCGCGAAUUUCUUCGCAGUCCACGGACGAGCGUGAGGACAUGGCCUACGAUAGCCGUGUCGAGCGUACGGGAGGAACUUCAUUUCUAGAUGAGGAUCAGGCUGCAGCGCAGCUAGAACUAGACGAUGUCAAUUUUGGCAAGACUCGUAUUUGUCGGGUGAAGGAUUGGAGCGCCGUGGUUAAGUGGAUCAGAGCCGAAAGUGAUGCUGGGAGGCUGUAG